AUGCAAGACAUUCUCAAGGAAGUCUUUGCCGAGGGCAGCGACAAGCAGGCCUGGCUCCUCUUCGCCGUGCCCUUCUUUGCACGGCCCUUCGGCAGCCUCGUCUUCGGCUGGAUCGGAGACAAAUUUGGCCGAGCCUUGUCGCUGCAGUUGGCGAUCUGGGGCAUGGCGGUAGCAACGGCACUGCAAGGGUGUCUAGUGCCCUCGCUUCCAGGAGUCAAUUGGAUGCUAGCUGCAUUGCGGCUCAUCACGGGACUGUCUGCUGGUGGGGAAUCUGCCGGAGUAAACACCUACAUGUCGGAGUUUGGUGAAGAGGGGAGGGAACACACGCUGGCUGCGGCAAUCGGCAUCAACAAUGUCAGUGGCUCUUUGGCUUUCUUUCUGGCCAACACUGUGUCUCUGGCCGUACACCAGCUGCCCCACGAAACUCAGCUUGCCUGGGGCUGGCGCAUUCCGUUUCUUCUGGCGGCUCCCCUGGGCGUCGUCUCUGUGCUUCUGCGACGUAGCAUGAAGGAGACCCAUGAGUUCCAGAAGAUCCUUGGAAGAGCACUCAAGGGAGCUGCUUUCAUUGCACUUUCCUUUGAACUUCGGUAUGCAAGCCCGAAGCUCCAAGUAGCUGUUCUUCAGAGACAGCAUUCCUAG